GGAAAGGAGCCCGACGGCCGGUGGAACACGGACAUCAAAACUCCAAGUUUCCCGAUUGCGGACCUCUCGUUGAGGGGUUCCUUGGUGUGAAAGUGGUUGCAACUCCCAAUCCAAGCCGGUCACACUUCCCUUGCGUCUCCAACUUGGGAGGAACAAUCCUUGCCGGGUGAAGGUGGCGAGCUUCAAUUGCGCCCAAAAAGAGUUCUGCCAGCUACUUUCAGCCACACCCAGGAAUGCCCUGGGAGGAACCUGGCUCCUGACCUUUCUGGGUUUUCCAGUUAAGCUGGGUGAAAGAUCGACCAGACCCAACAACGUCACUAGCCAAAACUGCAGGAGAGUGAAGGUCGUGGGGAGUUAUUUGAACAAAGAAAUGUGGACGAAAGCCGCCAGCUGUCCGGCUUUGUGGAUUUCUUGGCUGUGGGUCAUGACGCAACAGGAAAGGCCUGGCCAAUGAAUUGCUGAUGGGGAUUGAGCUUCUGCUCAAGAAGCAACGUGCUAGUCAGAAUCUCAUAGAUACUGGCAGUGUCCUCGCUCAGGGCAUGGUUUAAGACCCGCGGAUCAUGUUUGCCAUGCUUGCGACCAGGGAUGUGACGCCUCUCAAAUUGUAUGCCCUCAAAAAGUGAGUCAGAAGGGCGCUCCAAUGUACAACUUGAACUGCUCAGUUUCCUGUUCAACUUGAACACAGGAGAACUUUUCGAAGGCGCCAUGAAAGUGCAUGUCCACUUGCCCAGCGGAGAUGGCUGCUCCAUAGAAGUCUCACCGGCGACGCCCAUCAGCGAGCUGAAGGCUGCAGCACAGCAGCACUUCCAGCGUCGCUUGAAGCUCAUUGCGAACGGACAGCAACUCGAUUUUGAGGCUACGGUGACAGAGGCGCGUUUGCGAGAUGGGGACGUGGUGACUGGGGUUGUGCAGCUUGGCAAACUGGCCGCCAAUGACAGGGCAUUUGCUUUGAAUGAUCAAGGGCGAGGUUGUGACCUGGGGUCAUCCAAUUUAUGGCGGAGACAGCAGCCAGGUGCAAGAGCAGCUGAGAAAUGUGCAGCACCUUCAAGCAACUGACAGAGCUUUUGCUGCUGACUCAUCAGAAAAACUGUUCUUGGUGUAGGCUCAGAGUUGGGCCAAGCUUUGGCCAGUCGAAGCAAGGCCUUUGUUUUGCAGUUCACACUUCUCUUUGGCUGGGUCCAGCUGGACACGCGAGCGUGUCUCCCACUCGUUUGGUUCAAGGCCACCGGGACAGACCAACGUGAGCGCGUUGGCACGAUUCAUGCAGCACCAAACAAAGGCCGUCAUGGUGACAACAUGAUACAUCGCCACGGGCGAGUGCCUCGAGACCUCGGAGGCCUGGCGGCAGUUUGUGGAACCUUGCGGCAUGUACUUGGAGCAGAAUUUGCGUGAUGUCGCGGACUGGGGCAGCUGUUGCGUUUGCCAACGCGAAUGCCACAGCACGCUAGCUGGGCACCUGGUGGGACAGAAGCACUGGAAGAACUUGUGGUGGUUGGCCCAAGAAGGCAAAGAACCCAAGCAAGAGUGGCGCAAGCCAGACGGAAGACUGAUUCGCUUCAACCAUUUGCUGGCCAGGUGACCGUGUCCGAUGCUGGCCAGCAACGUGUGGAUGCAAACUGGCGCCACGUACCCAGGGCUGGCGCAGCCGACGCAGGCUUUGCAAGCAAUGCUGCCGCCGAAGGAGGCGCAGCAUCUGCAGCAACCAGCAGCUCGCCACCACAAAAAGCAAGAAGAUUGGGAAGCAGGCCACCUUUUCUGCUCAGUGUGCUGCAGCCUCAAGGCCAAAGGUGAUUUUUACAAAAACGAGGCGAAAUGGAGCGUGGAGCGGCGAAAAUGCAAGGACUGCUUUGAGAAGCCUCUAGAACCAGUUGCGGCAGCUCAGCCAACGCCGCUUCCAAAGCAAGCACAGCGUCCGGCUACCCAACCUUUCAGCAAGGAGCAGGAGGAUUGGACGAAAGGUCGGCUAUUUUGCUCGGAGUGCUGCAGCGUUAAAGCCAAGGGCGAUUUUUACAAUGCGCAGGCAAAGUGGAGCGUUGAGAAGCGCAAGUGCAAAGAGUGCUUCGAAGCCGAGGAGAUGCUAAGCUUGCAUAUCGUUUGCGCUGUUUGCAGUUAUAGGCUUCAUCGAGACCAAUACCACAAGAAGAUCCAUUCUUGAAUCUGGGGCUUUUGUGACUUGGGGCAAUCCAGCAUUCGGCGGAGACAGCAGCCAUGUGCAAGAGCAGCUGAGGAUUGUCCAGUGCAUCCAAGCAACUGCCAACGGUGCGUUUGCUGCCAUUCUUGAAUUUGGGGCUGUUGUGACCUGGGGCGAUCCAGAUUGGGGCGGAGACAGCAGCCAGGUGCAAGAGCAGCUGAGGAACGUCCGGCACCUCCAAGCAACUACCAAUGGUGUUGCUGCAAUUCUCGAAUCUGGGGCUGUUGUGACCUGGGGCGAUCCAGACUGGAGCGGAGACAGCAUUCAGGUGCAAGAGCAGCUUAGGAGCGUCCAGCACAUCCAAGCAACUCACUCUGCUUUUGCUGCUAUUCUUGAAUCUGGGGCUGUUGAGACCUGGGGUGAUCCAGAAUAUGGUGGAGACAGCAGCCAGGUGCAAGAGCAGCUGAGGAACGUCCGGCACCUCCAAGCAACUACCAAUGCUUUUGCUGCAAUUCUCGAAUCUGGGGCUGUUGUGACCUGGGGCGAUCCAGACUGGGGCGGAGACAGCAGCCAGGUGCAAGAGCAGCUUAGGAGCGUCCAGCACAUCCAAGCAACUCACUCUGCUUUUGCUGCUAUUCUUGAAUCAGGGGCUGUUGUGACCUGGGGCGAUCCAAUUUAUGGUGGAGACAGCAGCCAGGUGCAAGAGCAGCUGAGGAACGUCCGGCACCUCCAAGCAACUACCAAUGCUUUUGCUGCAAUUCUCAAAUCUGGGGCUGUUGUGACCUGGGGCGAUCCAGACUGGGGCGGAGACAGCAGCCAGGUGCAAGAGCAGCUUAGGAGCGUCCAGCACAUCCAAGCAACUCACUCUGCUUUUGCUGCUAUUCUUGAAUCAGGGGCUGUUGAGACCUGGGGCGAUCCAGAAUAUGGUGGAGACAGCAGCCAGGUGCAAGAGCAGCUGAGGAACGUCCAGCACGUCCAAGCAACUGCCAGAGCUUUUGCUGCCAUUCUUGAAUCUGGGGCUGUUGUGACUUGGGGCAAUCCAGCAUUCGGUGGAGACAGCAGCCAGGUGCAAGAGCAUUUGAGCCU